CGUACUAAAAAAAAAAAAAAAAGGUUAUCUACAUAAUCACAAACAAAAAUUUCAAAUUUUCAAUUUCGAAAUCAAUAAUUAUUUAAUAAUAUGUCUAUUUUUAUAAUAAUAAAGUAAGAAUUGAUAAAAUAGUAUAUUUUGCAGUAGUUAACUUGUGGCGAUGCGUCAUGCAUGGAAAAGGAAUAUAUUAUGUUGCGGAAUUUUUAUUGUAAUGUUGAUUAUAUUUUUGCAUCCCGAUAUGAAUGCUAGACGAAGUUAUGAAUAUAUAGAAAAAAAUGAUAUUCUCAGUAAUUUAUUCGAGAAAACCGCCGAGAAUUUCACGAGUCCCGCCGUCCUUCAUUGUGAAUAUCACAAUUUAUUAUUUGAUGAUACUACAUUAUCCAUAAGUUUAGUCGAUGGAGACUUAGUUGAAGGUCAUAAAAUAAAAGAAGGUGGAGAAUACAGCCCUUCAGAAUGCAAGCCCAGGUUUAGCACGGCCAUUAUAGUUCCAUAUAGGAACAGAGCUGAACAGUUGCGUGGUUUUCUAGUAUACAUGCACACAUUCCUACAUCAUCAGUGCAUUCACUAUCGCAUAUAUGUAGUUGAGCAGCUUGAUUCACGGAUGUUCAACAGAGCUAAACUCCUGAAUAUUGGUGCAUUAGCAGCCAUGCGCUCAGGAUACCCAUGUCUAAUACUUCACGAUGUAGAUUUGCUGCCAUUACGUCCAGGAAACCUUUACGCCUGUACUAAACAACCACGACAUAUGUCCUCCAGUAUUAAUAAAUUUAGAUAUGUCUUACCAUACUUAAAUGUUUUUGGCGGAGCUGUGGCUAUUGCUUCUAACCAGUAUAAAGCUGUAAAUGGGAUGAGCAACGAAUAUUUUGGAUGGGGCGGCGAAGAUGACGAUUUCUACGCACGUCUCGAAGCCAAGGGUCUGAAGAUGUCCAGAUUUGAGCCAGAGACGAGUCGCUAUCACAUGGUUUCUCACAAAUCUCAACAUAAAGGAAGCGGAAGACAAAAGUUGAAAGUAGCCAAGGAGAGGAUGGCGUCGGAUGGUUUGAACUCGCUGACGUACACGGAAAUAGCAACAGUCCUUCAUCCACUCUUCACUCAUAUCAUGGUGGAUUUGUAGCAUAUCUUGGUCUUAUCUGCUCUCAUAUCACAGGUUGAGUUUCGUUUUAGUACCUUACAGCAGUCACUAGUAAGCUAGAUUUACAAUAAGAUCGUCUAUCGUUACGUCCGAGUGUUUUACGUGAAUAUGUCUAUGUGAACUAAGGUAAUAUUUUAAUUUUGAGCAUCAUGGUAAAACUCUUCAUUAGUAAUGACUUUUAUAGCUAUGCUUUGUCAUUAGGUUUUUAAUGGGUAAUAAUGGAAUGAUAACCGUCUGCGUCUGCCGGGGAUCAAAUUAGCAAUGAAGAGGUCCUGCUUAGGGUUAAGGAAAAAAGACAAAUUAUUAGAACUAUUGAGGACAGAAGGGGAAAAAUGUUGGGGCACUUGAUACGACACGACGAACUUAUGAACAUUAUAAUAGAAGGGAAGAUAGAAGGAAGGAGGGGGAGAGGGAGACCGAGACAUAGUUACGACAGGCAGAUCAAGGAAGGAGUUGGUGUCGUGUCGUAUCAAGAGGUGAAGAGACUCGCUAAAAAUCGUAGUGAGUGGCAAGAGCUCCACCGACAAGAGCGCAGCUCUUAAAUAGGAUAGAUAGAACCCCGCCUGCAUUAUCGGUAUACGCUGGCGAGGUACUAGUGAAGGAUUAAAGGUAAGGCCGAAAGACAGAUCAUUUAGCCCAUUGUGACAAAUUUCACAAAAAUUUAUCACUUUAGUUUUCAGGGGGAACAGUGUGAAGGUAGAUCUGACAGGGUAUAUUUGCUGGUAAUGGAGCUGUUAGUCCCCAUUAACAAUACUCCCUUUCCCCCUUAGUAAUGUUCAAAAUACUCAUAUUUUGUUCGGUAAAAAUAGGUAUACAUAUAUAAUAGGCCACAAUGGGGAAAAGGGGCUGUUAGUAAUGCGGACUACCAGUCCCAUUGCUAGCAAUAUAUCCUCUCAGGUCGACCUCCACGUGGUUCCCCCUGGAAACCAUCGUGCUGAAUUCUUGGCGUAUUCUUCACGGUGGGCUUAACUGAUCUGCCUUUUCAUUCUCACCUAUCAUCUUUCACUGGUGCCCCGCCAGCGUAUACCGUUAGCACAGGCGGGGUUAUCAUUCCAUUGUCAUCCAUAAAAAAAAAUAGGCUACAGUGGGCGGUCUUUGACUUAUUUUUUUCGCGUUUUAUAUACUUUUUGGUGCCAUGUAAAAUUUUUUUUUACAUGUUGUUUCUUUAUAAUGGUAGUAAAUGUAGACAUAUUCACGGUCCAAUUAAACUUUAUCUCUUUCACUCAUUCACAUAACAAGCGCCCUCUAGGAAAAUGGCAAUGCAUUCUCUCGAUAUCGUAAAGCAUGUGUAUAUGAUAGAAUGAGACAGCAAUGUCUGGUCUCUUGUUUUGUUUCAACGUAUUACGAAAAUGUUUCUAUCGUUAGAUUGGGUUGCCCUUUCUUUAGGGGGGCAAGAGUUUUACCCCCUUAUUUAUAAAAACAUCAAGCCAAUACUAAACUUAGUUAUUGAACUGUUUUGUCUCUUUCUUUUACGAUAAAUUUUAAAUUUGAAAGAAAGUGGGUAGUUGAAAGUUUUCAAGGCAUGCACAACCAUGCUUUGAAAUUAAUUUCCAACAGCAGUAUUUCCAAACUGAUACGACAUCAUAACCUACAAGAAAAGAGCAUAUUCCUUUUUAAAAGACUGGCAACACACCUGCAAUGCCUCUGAUGUUGCGGGUGCUCAUGGACAGCGGUUGUCACUUACCAUCAGGCAAGCCGCAUGCUCGUUGGUCCCCUGUGUUAUAAAAAAAGUUACAAAACAGUACAACAGUUUUAGUUUCUAUGAAUAAGGGGGUUUAAUUUUAUAUUUUAAGCAUUGCACAGAUGAUAAUUCCGCUUUAAAAAUUUUGCAAGCAAUAUUCAAGGCAAAGAUAUCGAAUUAGCUAAUAAAAAGUAUUAGAUUAAUUUAGAGAGGCGCGGUAUGAAAGAUAUUUGUGGUUAAGAGCGUUUAUAUUUCAGUUUACCGAAGUGUAGCAACGCCGCGUUUGUGAUAUUUCUGAUUCAUUUUAUUUAAAAGUGUUCAUCUAGCUAACUAAAACUUUAAUCAUGUAAUAAUUUUCAAUUAC